AUGUCUGAGUUAGAUUUGGUGUUUUUGUGUGACACGACUGGCUCCAUGUCGUCGUACCUCCAUGCUGCACAACAGAGCAUUGAGUCGAUCAUCACGACAAUCACUCAAAAAGAGAAAUGUGAUGUCCAAUUUGCGUUGGUGGAGUACCGCGACCACCCCCCACAAGACGACACGUUUGCAACACGAGUGACUCAAUUCACUUCUUCGAUGAAAACAAUCAAAACUGCAGUCAAUCAGAUGCAAGCACAAGGCGGUGGAGACACCCCCGAGUCUGUAUCCUGUGGGUUGUAUGAAGUGACCAAAUUGGCGUAUCGCCAAAACGCGUCGAAAGUGUUGGUUUGGAUAGCAGAUGCGCCACCACAUGGGUUUGGGUGUUGUGGUGAUGGAUUUCCAGAUGGGUGUCCGUGUGGUAAAGACUUCAUUGAAGUGCUUCGAGAGUGCAUGAAGAAGGACAUUGUCAUCUAUUCUGUUGGUGCUGAGCCACUCAGUGUCCCAUAUUUCAGAACACUGAUGAGAGCAACAUCACAACUCACUGGCGGGCAAUACGCUGCACUCUCCUCUGCAAGUGUGUUGGGCGAUUUGAUCACAAACGGCGCCAUCGAGGAGAUUCAAAUGAAGAAGAUAUUCGAAGACGUCAAAGCAGAGUUGGCAAAAAGUCCCGAUUUUGCAGCACUCCCACCAAACGAGAAGGCUGAAAAGGUCAAAGAAGAAGUCAAGAAGCAGACUGACGGACGACAAAUUGCUUCUGUUGAGAUCGAGUCGAUCUUCAAAGACGAACUGAAAGACGUUCCUUCCAUCUUCUUGACGUGUGAAAACUUGAAGCAACUCAGAACUGAAAUGGUCAAAGAAAGUGACAUUGCGGUCACUUUUAAAGACGGAUUUGGUGGGAGAGUCUUGGCUCCCAUCGCAAUGUUCGCGCGUUGUGGAUUACCAACACCUCAUAUUCCAUCUUUUGCACCAUGCCCACCACCACCUGGUUGUUGUCCCAGAACUAUUCCAUUGGGUGGCGCACUACCACCAUUAAGCAGUUGCCCACCACCUCCACCGGCAGCACCCGGAUGUGCGUUUGGAAUGUCACCAAUGAUGAGACGAGCAGAACCAACUGCAAUGCCAAUGAGUGGUGCAAUUGCGCCACAGCAACAAGUCGUGUCGCAAAUCAACAGAAAUGCGUCGAUACAGCAAAAUGCUCGACUUGAACAGAGAACUAUGAAUUUCUUCAUGUGA